UAAAUUCAGUCACAGAAAAUUUUCACUUAUGACUUUUGAUCAAAUCUUAAAUUGAAAUUUACGUUCAUUUGCAAAGAGUCGAAAUACAAAGACAACGAGGCACACAUAUCGGAACCUACCGCUGUUUAUAUACAUAAACUGAUAUACAGAACCAGCCGCAGGUCGUCAUGCCACGAGGAAAAUACGUUAACCACAAAGGCCGCAGUCGCCACUUCACAUCGCCCGAGGAACUGCAACAAGAGUCAGAGGAUGAAAGCGAACAAUCGACUGGCAGCGAUGAUGAAGAGGAGCAGAAAGGAGCCGCAGGCGCCGGUACAUCCAAACAGCCGGCUGCAUCAACUGGUGCAGCACGGAAACCAGCAAGGGCCGUUCAGCGACAAAAGCAGCAGCAGCAGCGGCAGCAGCGCAGCUCCUCCGAUGAAGAAUCGGAUGAUGAUGACAGCGAUGAUGAUUCGGAGGCGGAAGUGCGCGACGCCAAGAAGGGCGUGGCCGCACUUAUCGAAAUCGAGAAUCCCAACCGUGUGACCAAAAAGGCCACUCAAAAGCUCUCGCAAAUAAAGAUCGAUGAUGGAUCUAACAGUGCAGCUGGCGGUGUCAGUGGCAGCGGCUCAUCCUCAUCACACAAGCCGGAGCUCUCACGUCGCGAGCGUGAACAGAUUGAAAAGCAAAAGGCGCGACAGCGCUACGAGAAGCUCCAUGCUGCUGGCAAGACCACCGAGGCGAAGGCUGAUCUCGCCCGACUGGCUCUCAUCCGGCAGCAGCGUGAGGAGGCGGCUGCCAAGCGGGAGGCUGAGAAGAAAUCUGUAGCCGAUCUGUCCAAAAAGCCGCUCUCCAAAUAGUCUAGACGAUCCACUUGACAGCGGGUUUAUGGCAAUCGCAUUCAAAAACAAAAACAAAAAAUAGUUCGAAUUCGCAUUAACUAACAUUCAAAAACAAUUGUUGUACAAUUUCUAAAAACAUUUUAACAGCAACAAAUAAUAUCUACAUAUAUAAAAUGCAAUUGCACUACCUAACUUAUGAUGUCAUAUUCUCAAUGCUUGGUUUUCUCUCUUCUCCAGUUUAACGAUAACAAAAGUAUCCAACAUUUAGUUAAGUCUCAGCGCCCGAUAUCGAAUUUUUCUAUUAAAU